AGCUUAUUGUUGAAGGGAAAAAGGAUAUCCCAAGUGACAAGAAAAUACCUGUUAACUAUGGAUUGGUUUGGAAAUUACUUCUCUAAGUUUCCUGAGGAUGUUUCCUUUCUCAACACACAUGCACCUCUGUUGCUUUCACUCGUAUCAUCUAAGGAUGAACAUUUUAUCUCCAACUUGAGGAGCUGUGCACCAGCCCAGGCUGUGGUGAAGCAGCCUUUCCGGGGAGCCAGCAGCAGGACAGCAAUCACAUCCAUUGUCCAGACUGGUGGGGACUGGAGCACUGGCCUCUUCAGUGUCUGCAGAGAUAGGAGAAUCUGUUUCUGUGGCCUCUUUUGUCCCAUGUGUCUUGAGUGCGACAUCGCCAGGCAUUAUGGAGAGUGUUUUUGUUGGCCACUGUUACCUGGGUCCACCUUGGCACUGAGAAUUGGCGCCAGAGAGAGACAUAAAAUACGGGGCACCCUGUGUGAGGACUGGCUGGCAGUGCACUGUUGCUGGCCUUGCUCCAUCUGCCAGGUGGCCCAGGAACUCAAGGUGAGAACCUCCCAACUCUAUGAAAUCUAUACGGCCCCUUCAACCAAAGAAACUGUUAUUUGAUAGAGCAAGAAAACUUCUCCUUUCUCACUUCCCCACACCCUCCUCUUAAAUCCCUCUUGGUGGAGAGAUUGUUCUUAAGUUUUCACUGAAGUAGUAUGAAAGUAAAUGGUUUCCCACUACUGCGUUUACUGUUGUCCUUUCUUCACACAUACCCCCUGAUGAAGACACUUAUUGGUCUGAAGUUGCUGUCCCAGCUCGGCCAUGUUAGGCAGGUUAGAGAGGUAAAUUUGUGCCCUCCACACCCUGCCUGGAGUUAGGAAGGUUGAAUUGCCCCCCUCCCCCACCAUCUUCCCCUUUCACAAGGG